CCAUACAAAGGUCCAAAAUAAUAUUUUAAUGAUGGAAAAGCCCAUGAGCCCAAGAUAGUGAGCGUUUGUUUCAGCCAGAUGCUGCACAGUAAUUCUCCCCGGCCAUCAGAAAGAGCCAGGAGGAGAAAAAUGGUGGAAGAAGCUUAAUCCGUUCCUUCCUUGUCUCUGGAGUUGUCCAUGGCGAUGUCAGGAGCCUUGCAUUUUAGCUGCGACUACGUUCCAGGCUAUGGACUUUCACACAGAUGUGUCUAUAACUCCAGAGUGUCAAGAAGGACACUUGCUGUGUUAUAUUGCUCCUCCUACCCGGAUCAUAAGUUACCUUCAAAUAAUGGGCGCCUGAAAUGUAUUGCUGUCAAAAGGCCUUUUGUUUGCCGGGCAAGUUCUGGUGGCCAUAGGAGAAAUCCUGAUUUCUCAAGACAAAACAGGCAUGGUUUCCAAGGUACAAACAGGCAAAACGAAGAGGGAGAUGGUUUCGAAGAUUCUGAGUUGUUAACCUCGAAAAACGGCCCUAUGGUCUCUCUCUCUAAUUCCCCCAAAUUCCAAACUACUUCAUCCCCUGGGCCAAGAGAGAGAGAGAUAAUCGAUCUUUUCAGGAAGGUCCAAGCUCAACUCCGGGCACGAGCUGCUGCAAAGAAAGAAGGAAAGAAAACCGAAGAAGCUUCUAGAGGAUAUGGAAAAGAGAGUGAGACAGUUGAUUCCCUUCUCAAGUUACUGAGGAAACACUCAGGCGAGCAAAGCAAGAAAAACGUUGGCAGUUCCAAUGGCCAGGAAAUCAAUUCAGGCCAGUCGGGCCGAGAUGUUGCCUUCAACCAAGAUCAAAGCUCAGAUCACGCCAAUUCGCGAAACAAAAGUCAUAAAGCAACAUCCUUUACCCGACCUGCUUCAAGCUUCAGACGCAAGUCACCUGUACCAAGACACAAAUCCCAGCCCACUUACACUGGUGAUGGUACUUUUGAUCACUCAACAAGUUAUAGUGAGACUUGGACCACCCAGAAGAAGGAUCGGGUGCAGAUGCAAGCUGAACUUGAAGAUGACCAUGAACCUGAAUACAAAGAGCCUGAACCUGGAACCGAGCCUGCCAGGCUUGAACCGCGGUCCGAGCUGAAGCCCGAGUCUUUCUAUGAAGACGAGGAUGAUGUAGGUCAUGAUAUUGCUGCCUUAGAAGAGAUACCAGAUGACGAGUCGUUGGAUGCUGAUGAAGCCGAAGAAGAUGAAGAGGAACCGGAUCAAGAAACAAGGACAGACGAAGAUUUAAGUGCGUUGAAGCUGGCGGAACUGAGAGCAUUGGCAAAAUCACGGGGCGUAAAAGGGUUUUCGAAGAUGAAGAAAGCUGAGUUGGUAGAGCUACUAGCAAAGUAGUAGUGAUUCACAUUGAUCGUCAGUGCAGGAAACUGGACGUGAAUUUGUUUUAGGCAUAAAAGUUUCGAAUCGUAUCUUUUUCGAGAGUAAAUCUUUUGUAGGUUUGCACCGUAAUUUUACAGAAACCCUACUUUAAUUUAGAAUUAAAAGGACAAUUAGUAAAUCCGU